AUGGUUCUAGAGGCAGAUGCGCCAAUGCAUCGAAUUGGUCUAUAUUCAAUGUCUCAAUUGCCGCUUGCUAUAUUAGGUUCGCUAGCAUCACUAGCUUCAGGGUCUGUAUCCACUGCGCUGGUCGCAUUAUUUCAUCGAGAAGAACCAGAACUCAUAGUUAUAGCAUGCUCAACCAUACUUUCUGGGUUGAUUUUUUUGGCAUUAUGCUUGCUUCCAAUGGGAAGAAGCGGCAAUAGUUCAGCAUCCUUAUUAGGGAAAUUCGGCAUCAUUUGCAUUCAACUGGUUAUACUUGGCGCCUCGGUAUAUUAUCUAAAUUUUGGGCGCAAACAUGGCAGUUUAUCAAACACACAAUUACACAGCAACCUACUAGUUGCAUUGGAUUCGUUAAUUCUUUCGACUCUCUUUUUGAAUGGGUUGGUGAUUGGUUCUUGGAUCUCGGUCAGAAAAGAUUCAAUUGAUGAGAGCCGGGAACAGAAGAGCAAGACGAUGAAUGAUCCGGAGAAGUACAUUCCGCUUAAAAAUUCGUCACAAACACUGACUCCAGGCAUGGAAUUUUUACACACUUUUCAAAGCCAGAGUGGCCCAAAAACUUGGAACCUCACUGAUACAUCUGGAACACAUUCUUCAGAUGAACAUUCAUUUCCGUCAGUGGUAAAGCAUAAGCUUGAGUAUUUGUCUUCGCGAGAAGCAUCUCCUGCAAGCACUAUAUCCCGGAAGGCUAGUAGUAUUAGCCUAAAGCUGCGGUCGGCGUCUGAUAGUCCGAAAACGAAGGGCUCUAUAAUAUCGAAGUUGUGCCGGGGGAGAGUAAAAUCCCUACACAACAACAGGGCAAGAGAUGGAUCCGAUAGUGAGAAUAAGAAUAUCAAUGGUCGUUACGUGACGAGAUUAUCUACCAUCCCCGAUCUUUCACGAAGUGUGCUAAAUUUUAUGCUAUCUUCAUCGGAUAAUCAAGUCUCGCAAGAAAAUCAAAUAAGACCAGACAGAACAGCUUCCCAAAUUAUGGAGUCCUCACACGGCCAAAUUGCAGAAGGUGAGAGAACGUCAUCUGGCCAGGCAUUGGAUCUGGAAAGGAAUGCUAUUGAACGAAUAAAUAGUGCUCUUUUACCGCCAUGUCUGAGAAUCAUGGAAACGCCACCUCCUGCUCAGCAAACUACACCAAAGGAACCCAGUGGUACCAGGAUGUCUCCAGUAAUUUGCCAACACGGUAGCACCGCCGGAGUUGAGUCUAAUACAGAUACUCUAGAAGGUAGUGGGCUGGGGAAAGUUCCUAGAAUUCCAAUGACAAGCCAUGACAAUGGAAGCGAUCUUUCCACAGACUAUGACAUGGGCACGGUAUUUCCUCAGAUGGCUACAAUGGAAAUGUGGCAGGAGAACAAAGACACGGGGGUCCAACGACCUGAAAAACUUCACGAACAAGUUCUCCUGCCUGCUUUCGAUUUGGGUAGGUCCAAUUCAAGCACAGGGUCUAUUGACUUACAGACUUCCGCAGGCUUCAGCUUCCCAUCAAAAAUUCAACCAAACGAGAUAACGAUCAAGAACAAGCUGGUAGAAAAAGAUCUGGAUACCAUAAGUGCGCUAGAGGAGUAUUUCAGAGAUGUUAGCAUACAUGAAGAGGACGAAGAGCAAAUUAUGCAGAAUGGUUUGAAGCAGGAUUUUUCUUCAUCAAUGCUUGCAGAUAGAGUUUCCAAAGAAUUGAUGAGAACCAGUACGAGACAUUCCCCAACAAAAUCAAUGAUCUCAGUUUUGAGUGCCGCGAGCCAACAGCGUUCGCAUACGGUGCGCAACAGCUACUUAAACAUGAGCAACGAUGCUGCGCACCUCCAGAAUAGUUACUACAUCACCUCGCCCUCAAAUGCGAUAAUAAAUGCAACAAAGUCAUCAUCGCCAACAAGGUCUCAACGACUGAAAAGAAUCGGUAAGAAACUAUCUCUUUCAAAUAUUUCAGAUACUAUGACAAAUCAUUCCUUCACAUCAGAUGCAACCGGUGAAUUUCUUGGGACUUCCAAACACGACCAUAUGAGAGGCAGAAGUAUUGACUUCAGCUACGUACACAACUUACAAAGCACCCACUCUCCAACCAAGUCUACUUCCGGAACGUCAAUGAAUGGUUCCUACAAAGAUCGCAGAAACAGUCUUAUCCCUGAACUUGCAUAUAGAGCAGCCAGUGGACCUUUCUACCUACAAAAUGGUAACUCCACAAUAAAUCACGAACCCGAUCUCGUGGUAAACUCGACCUUUAACGAGCAAAGUUCGAAUAACCGCAACUCCAGCUCCUCUGCAUCAACCAAUCCAAGCCAAGAAUCAACUACAAGAUACCCUGAAGUCGUCAUGAGUGAAUACGAUCGUGAAAGAUGGAACUCCAUUUUGAAUCUCAAGAAAGUUGACUCACACGGGCAAUUGAAGGCUUAA